AUGUCGGACUACCCUCCCGUCCCCGAAUUUCCACGCCCUCAGUUUCCCACUCAUAAUGAACCACGAGUAUGGGUGAUCACAGCUGGGGAUUCGCCUGUUGGGAUCUCAGUUACACGCCAAAUCCUUUCACAUGGAGAUUAUGUAUUGGCUGGAUUGGCUCACUCAAGAUUAGAACGGGAUGAAUGCCGUCAAGAUGAAUUCGAGACCUUCUUGACCGAGAUUGACAGCCAGGAGGGAUGGCGACAGCGAUUCAAAUCUGCCCCUUUCGAUAUAAGGAUGAUAGGAGAAGGUCAAGCCCUCGUUGCAGACGCUGUUGCAACUUUCGGCAAGGUAGACAUUCUUCUUUGUUGCACAAGUCAAACCCUUGUAGGGGCUGUAGAAGAGUUCGGGGCUUCUCAGCAAACCCUGAAUUUGGUUCGGGACCAGUUCGAGAUCAAUUAUUUUGGGCCCCUUAGUAUUAUAAAAGCAGCACUUCCUCAUAUGAGGAAGCAAAAGACUGGACAUAUUAUGAUUCUCUCCGGAAUUACCGCCCAUAUCGGCACGCCAGGACUCGGAAUGUAUUGCGCAGCUGGUUGGGCCCUGGAAGGGUUUUGCGACAGUCUUGCAUAUGAGAUAGCUCCAUUCAACAUCAGACUCACGAUCUUCCAAUGCAGCAUAGAAAUUGGCAUUCUCACGAAUUUGGUGACUAGCGUACCUCCUAUUGUUCCCGCAUAUUCUCCUACUACUAACCAAGCACCUCUUUUCCGCGGAAUAUUAAACCGGCUUGUGCCUCGUCUAUCCAACACGAACCCUGAGGCUAAUGGCGCCCAAGGAACUGGGCAAGUUGGUUCCGUGGAGAAUGGGCCAUUCUCACGUCCUGAAGUCACUUCGAUGUAUCCUCCACUCAGUUCUGCACAUAUGGAGAUUUUAGUGUCAGAAACGGUCUAUGCUAUCACCGCAAUAGGUGGUCAUGAAAAUCCACCAUCACGUCAUAUAGUAGGACAAGAGGGUGUUGCGAGCGUAAAGGAGAAGCUAAAAACUGUUAGCGAGGAGCUGGAGGACUUUAUCCAGUCUAGCUACGCUGUUGAUUACGCUGCUGGCGGCGAUCAGAGCAAGGAUGAAAGCGUAUCAGGUAUGUGA